GCCCACAGUAAACAAACUAUAUUUUUUUAACUUGCUACGAAAGAAAAUCCAUCGACGAAGAUCUAUAAAGAGAGAAAAAAGAAUGAAGCUUGCGAGAACGAGAGAUUAAGAGGGAAAAAUGGUGCUGUGGGAGAUAGCACUGGGAACGGCUUAUUUCUUGGGGCUUAAACGAACUUACAGGUUUGCUUUGAAGAUUCAGCGACGGAUCAUUAGCCGCAACCAUCCUAGGUUCCAUCAAUUUGCUCAAAGACGAACACGCGCCGUAUUCGAUGUAGCACUCACGGUUAACAGGAGCAUACAGCACAGAGACAUGGAAGUUGGUCGGAAUCUUGGUAACUGGAUACUCCGCUGGCUUAAUAAAAUGAAACCCUCAGUGCAGAUCCGUGCUCCAACUGGCAAGAAACCCCACCAUGUUGCUGGCAGAGCAUUCAUGAACAUUCGGAAGCAAGUGACGAAGUCAACAUCGUUGAGAAUUUCACGAAUCAUCCAGUCACCUCGAAACAAUGUGGCUGUUAGACAUCUUUUUAGAUCAUCACCAAAUAUGUGGGCCAAUUCCUUCCCUACAAUUGCAAUGAUGAUGCGGCCACCAAGUGCUGCUGGAAACACGACUCAAUGCAGGCAUUUAAGUAGGAAUGGACCUGACACAUCGAGGCUGAACUAUGUGAGAGGCGAGGGAGUUAUUAGGAAGGAUAUAAUGCAAUGGAUGUUGUGCUAGUGCAGGUAAAAUCCCAUAUCUGUUAGCAUUUUUGGACUUUCAAAACUAUCAAACUUUCAUGGGAAGCACCAAACUGGGUGCUGCAAGACUGUUAUUAUGAAGAGACUCAGUGCUUUGAAUUCUGCAUGAUUUCUGAAGUGGUUUAUAUGGGGUAACAAGUUUUUUCCUUGCCAACAACUGCUUUUUUCCGGCAUUCCGUUGGUUAGAGAAUACAUUACUUGAUUGUUUAGUGCAUUGUUAUCGUCUAAAAUAAAAUCUGUUGUAAUAUGUUCAUGUA